GGUUGUCAAAACAAAAUAAACUGCACAAUAUUAAAUCUCUUCAGCCUCCAAUUUAAUUCAGCAUUUUAAAGAGGAUUUAUCAUCAGACACCAGAAUGAAACACGCCUCUGUUGGGCUGCACCUCCUUCUCCUCAUCUUCCAUCCUGUGACCUCAGCCGACCUGCAGGAGGUGGAUAAAGUUCCAGUGGAGGUCAUCACUGACAGCUCCCCCUGCAGCACCACCUGUGGGCUGGGGAUCAAAACUCAAACCCUGUGUUUCCUAAGAGACGGUGAGACGGCAAUGGAAGAAAAUGUGGGACGUGAACACGAAACGAAGGUGUCAGAGCAGUGUCGUAUUCGUAAGGUGAAGUGUCUGGAGUCCUGGCAGUGCGGACUAAGGACGAUGACCGUGACCUCAGGACAGAGAGUGGAGAUAGACUGUCUGGGUGAAGUGAUGCAGGCCAUGGGGAGGUUCUCUUGGAGGGUCUCCUGGCGUCACGCUCGAGGAAUAAUCAGCUCAGACGACUCUCUCUUUGCUCGCUGGGAAGCCCCCGAGUUGGGCCGAGUGAUAUUGGACCCAGUCAGAGAAGAGGACGCAGGUACUUAUCGCUGUGAGGUGCAGGAUGCAACCUUCCACAGGGUGAAGAGGGUUUACUGGGGCAUCCGAGUUUUGCCCGUCGGCAUUCUCAAUCUGGACUAUGAGAGCUCUUUGGCCCAGUGGGACCUGGCUGGAAAGCAGCAGAACCAGACUGUGUCCGGCGACAGGACUUUUCUUCCUUACAUAAUGGUGGUCAGUUUGACCUUUGCAGGAGGCUGUGUUGGACUGCUGGGCCUCUACAGGAGAGCGAAGAGGAGGAAGAGAGAGGAGAGUUGAUGAGUGAAGUCAUUUUUCCAUGACUGCCGUCACAGUUUCAUUUCUGCUCCACCUCAAAACCAAAGAGCACAUGAAUGAUAUCCGCAGCUAUAAAGAA